CUCUGGAACUAAACACCGCCCCUGAACAAUAUCAAAAAACCGAUCAGAUCUCCGGAUCACCAACGAGGAAACGAUCUUCACCAACACCAACCGACAGGGAUUAUCUACAAAAACGAAUCAGUAGCGUUUUCCCAGCUUGAUUUCAUCACGAGAAUCGGAUUACUACAGGAAGUUGUUCAUCCUUUCUGGUGGAAAACUGUUUUUUCCCCCUUGCCGCUUCUCUGUUGAAGGUAUUUGGUAAUGGUUAUUAAAUCUCUGCGCUGCUUGGACAGACAAAUUCAGGGUUAAUUUGCUCAGAUUCGAAGUGGGUAUUCCUCUUGCUGAUUUCUCCCGAGUUCCAAGUACCCAAAAGUUCGUGAAGUUCUCAACUUUUUCGGCAUAUGAUUCGCCACGUCAUCUUGAUUUUUCUCAUUCAACUGGAUUAUACUCUUCGCUACGUUGAUUCUGCUAAAGUGGUAAGCUCGAGGCGUAAAUUUCUGCGCUUUGUUCAAACAUCUCUCUGUUGGUAGUAUCAAUGGCGGAGGUUUUAUGGUGUCCUGUCUCAGCCACUGGUACAACGAGUCAGUUCACUUGUAGAUGGUAUCCCUCUAGGAAGAACUGGAGUGGUCGGAGAAUUGGGGAUUGGUCUUGCGGUCGCUCGUUCGACUUUACAUUGUCCAUAAAUCCGAAAAGAAGGCGUCUUGUUAAUGGUAGUGUGAAGAUGGAAUCAUUUACACCGAGUACAACCCCGAGGAUGUGUUUCAGUGACGUGAACAUUGAGCAAGGCAGUGAAAAUCUGGAUUCAGGGUUGGAUUUUGAGGGUGUUUUCAGGAAUGAGGAAGAAGAGCAAGAGAUUGGCUGCCAUGAACAGAAACCUGAUUCUCUGAGCAAUUUCUUAGUUCACCAGAGAUUAAAAGUUGAGCUUGAGUGUGAGGAUGAUUUGUCCAAAAGCUCGGUCAUGACAUUGGUGCCUGCUGGGACUGAGACUAGGAUCCAUUUUCUCGAGGAGAGGAAUGAAGAGAUUCUAUCGAAACGAAUUCUGAGACUUAGUAGGGUGAAUAAGAUCAGGAGUGCGACAGAGUUGUUUGAUUCGAUGAGGUUCUUGGGCUUGAAACCCAAUACUCAUGCCUGUAAUUCUCUACUCUCGUGCCUAUUGAGGAACAGGAAUCUCGGCAAAGCCUUCAGUGUCUUUCAGUUUAUGUGGACAAAAGAGAACAUCACAGGACAUACGUAUGGUUUGUUACUCAAAGCUGUUUCCGAGAUAAAGGGUUGUGAUUUUGCUCUGGAUAUGUUUAAACAGCUUGAAGGAGAUCCAAAGCAUAAGGUUUACUUCGAUGUAAUUCUGUACAACACAAUGAUUUCCAUAUGUGGAAGGAUGAACAACGCGAAUGAGGCGGAGAGGAUAUGGACAAUUAUGAAAGAAGAUGGCCAUAAGGGGACAGAGAUAACAUAUUCCCUGCUGGUAAGCGUUUUUGCCCGGUGUGGCAGAAACAAUUUAGCCCUCGAUGCUUAUGAUGAAUUGAUAGAAAACAAUAUCACACCAAGAGCUGAUACAAUGCAUGCAAUGAUAAGUGUGUGUGCAAGGGAAGAAAAACGGGAUUUGGCCCUAAACAUCUUUCAGAGUAUGUUAGAAAACGGGCUGAAGCCUAAUCUCGUGGCGUGCAAUACUUUGAUCAACUCGCUUGGGAAGGCGGGCAAAGUCAAGUUAGUGUUUAAGGUCUACGGUAUUGCGAAAUCUUUGGGUCAUAUACCUGAUGAGUACACUUGGAAUGCUCUUCUUACAGCCCUAUACAGAGCAAAUAGGUAUGUGGAUGUGAUCCAACUGUUCAAUGCAGUAAGAAGUGAAAAUCUGUGUCAACCGAAUGAGCAUUUGUACAAUACGGUUUUGAUGGCAUGCCAAAAGCUUGGUUCUUGGGAGAAUGCUAUCAAGCUACUGUAUGAGAUGGAAGGCUCGGGUUUAAAAUCAGUUUCAACUUCAUCGUAUAACCUGGUGAUUGGUGCUUGCGAGAAUGCAAGGUUACCGAAAGUUGCAUUGCAAGUUUACGAGCACAUGGUUCACAGGAAAUGUGAUCCUGACACUUUUACGCAUUUGUCACUCAUUAGAAGUUGCAUCUGGGGAUCACAUUGGGAUGAUGUCAAAGAAAUUCUCAAGAGGGUGGAACCUGAUGUGUCUCUUUACAACGCUGCAAUACAUGGGAUGUGCCUAAGAGGUGAGGUGAAGUUGGCAAAGAAGCUGUACUUAAGAAUGCGAGAGAUUGGUCUGAAACCGGAUGGCAAAACCCGAGCGAUGAUGCUUCAGAACUUGAAGAAAGACUGAUCUUAGUUCCAAAUGGUAUACGGUUUGAGACCCAAACCGUAUAUCAAACCUGUAUUCAAAUUGAUUUUUUAUUUAAACCGGGGCAAUGAUGCGUCAGAACUGUAAAAACGUGGAUUCUUUUUGUUCAUGCUUUUGACAUGAUCCAAUUAUAGAAAGCGUCCUUCCUCAA